AUUAUCAAAACAACAACAAAAAAUCGGACCAAAAUAUCAGCGAGACAGUGAUGAUUCAGUAGACAAUCGAUUUCCUCUGUGUGUUACGCUUCGAAAAAACAUUUUCCGCCCAACACAAACAUACGCCAUGGCCUCUAUGUUCGACCAGUAUUCGUCGGCGCUGAUCAAGGAAAAUCCGGGUGAUCCCGAUCCGGCUAAUCAACCCCAAUCGUCGGGCUACGUCAGUGUUCGGCUCAAAAAGGAGGCACCGAUAUUUGCGAAGCAAAAAAUGAAUCUUAACCUGCCGGCUGGAAUACUGUUUCUCUCGGUGCAAAAUGAUUGGGUCAUUAUUUUGAUGACCAAUUUAACGAUUCUGCGGAUGAAUAUUAAACAGCCGGAUAGGUUUACCGAGGUGCCCAUUGAUAAGUACGUUGGAGGUUUGAAACCGACCAAUCUGUUCCUAGAUCACUUGGGAGCUCAUCUGCUGGUUACGUUCGCGCCGAAGUCUCCUGGUUUCACGCCGGAAGUUUUGUAUCUGCAACGGAAUAGUUUCAAGCCUAAAUUUAUUUCCAAAUUAAAAGACCAAGAUAUAACAGCGGUAGCGUUCAAUUAUUCCAAUCAAUCGGAAUCCAUGACAGGUCCUAUACUGCUAGGUACCAGCAAGGGAACCAUUUGGGAAGUGGAUGUCGGUAUCGAUGGAGGCGAUAAGCUGGUUCAGCAAAAUAUUCGACAGGUGUUUGAUGUGGGCACUGGUGGCGAGAGUCGCCCGAUAACGGGAAUUGAAUUUCACAUGCGGCAGGAUCAAAAGAACAUACACUGCAUUAUUCUAGUGCUGACGUUGGAUCGAAUCUACACCUUCCACGAAACCAUUCGUCAGGCCGAAUCAAAGAUGACAUACGGGCAGCUGCAGAAGGUUUUCAACUCAUAUCUCAACAUUCCCGAGCAGCUGAACGAUUUUGGCCACGUCGUCAGCAAGCUGCACUACUCGAGGCUGGAGUUCAAUUAUGAGGAAGACUUUCCCAAAAGCUUCGGCUGUUUGACCGAAGAUGGCAUCAACUAUCAGGAGAUCGAUCCGAAAAUGGAUACCCCUAAGUUUGUGGUGCAGAAGGAAUUGCUACCCUAUCCGACGCAGGAGGAUACGCAACUGCCUUCGGAGAAUUCGUAUAAAAUGGUUACGAAGAGCAACGUUCCGGUUUCGUUUGUGUUGACAGAUUUUCACGCUAUUUUACUCUACCCGGAUCACGUGACCGCCAUUUCGCUGCUCAAUUAUCAGAUUGUUUACGAGGAGUACUUUGUCGAGCAGUACGGACGGUUGACUAAUGUGGUCAAAGAUGUGCGAUCCAACGUGACCUAUGUUUACAGCAAUAAAAUGAUUUUCAGAUAUAAGAUCACCAACGAGCAGCGCAACGCCUGGCGGCUGUACGCCGACCGCCAGAAGUUCGAUCUUGCUCUGCAGUACUGCAACGAUAACCCCGCCCAUCGGGAUAUCGUCCUGGUCAAGCAGGCCCAAUCGUUCUUCGAUGUUGGCGAUUUCCUGGAGGCGGCUCGCAUCUACUCCAGCACGCAACUUAGCUUCGAAGAAGUCUGCCUGAAGUUUCUGCUGCGCAAUCAAAACGAUGCACUAAUGCUGUAUUUGAAAAAUCGCCUCGUCCGGCUGAAGCCCCAGGAGAAGACGCAAAUUACAAUGCUAAUCGUGUGGAUGGUGGAGUUGUAUCUGGUCGAAAUAUCGCGAUGUGCCGGGGAGAAUGCUGAGCGCGAGCGGGAACUGCAGAAGGAGUUCGAUGCGUUCAUGCAGACUGCCAUCGUGGUGGAUUGCAUGAAGAAGAACCGUUCGGUUAUCUAUGAUCUGAUGGCAUCCCAUGGGGAUAGUCACAAUUUGACGGCACUAACAACGAUUCAUCAGGAUUAUGAAAGUGUUAUCCAGCAGUAUAUCAACCAGAAUCGAUACGAUGAUGCCCUAGCAGUGUUGCGGGCGCAAAGUCGUCAGGAACUGAUCUACAAAUAUGCUCCGGUAAUAAUGGAGGAACUCCCGGUCGAGAUGAUCAAUGUGCUGAUCGCUUUGGGUAAGAGACUCGAUCCGAUCAAACUAAUCCCCUCGCUGCUCUGCUUGGACAGUCCGAAGCAUGUGGCUGAGAUUGUUAAAUUUCUCGAAUACUGUAUCCACUCCACCGGUUGCUCGGAACCAGCGAUUCAUAACUACCUUAUCCAGCUGUACAGUGAGCACUUCAAAGAUAAAUUACUAACCUUCCUGGAAACGCAGGGCAAAGACAUCUCCAUGAUUAGCUACGAUGUGCAUUACGCGCUGCGAAUCGCUCUGAAAAAUGAAAUUAAGGACGCCAGUGUUUUUCUCCAGUGUCUGCUAGAAAUGUGGGUUCCGGCGGUGGAGCUUGCCCUCUCCUUCGACAUCAAUCAAGCCAAGGCAACCGCCUCCCAACCAAAGGAUCGCAAUCUUCGCAAGAAAUUAUGGCUAAUCAUCGCCGAGGAGGAGAUCCGAAGCAAACACGAGAACGUCCAGGAAGCGUUGAAGAUUCUCAAGGAGUGCGAUCUGCUUCGCAUAGAGGACCUGUUACCGUACUUUUCCGACUUCCAGAAAAUUGAUCACUUCAAGGAAGCGAUCUGUGAGUCACUGAAGGAGUACAACAUUAAAAUCCAGGAACAGCGCAAGGAUAUGGAAGAAUCGGCCAAGUCCGCGGAGCGCGUUCGCUCCGAGCUGCAAUCUUUCCGCAAUCGAUCGGUUACGAUCGGUGCGCAGGAGCAGUGCGCCGUUUGUGGGGUUUACCUCUUGCUGAAACCGUUUUUCAUCUUUCACUGUGGACACAAGUUCCACGGGGAGUGCCUCGAGCGUCAGCUUCUGCCGCAAUUGAGUCCAGAAGUGGUGAACCAUUUGAUGCAUCUGAAGCAACAGCUGUCUGUGGCGCAGAAUCAACCGUUGGAUACGGGAAGCCAAACGGCCGACACCAUAUCUUCCAGCAAGGAGUAUUUGAAGAACCAAAUUGAGGAUAUUCUUGCUUCGGAUUGUCUGUAUUGUGGGGAUGUGAUGAUUAAUACGAUUGACCGAACCUUUAUCGAAAAUUGGGAGAAAGUGGACAGUGAUUGGCAAUAAACUAAUAGUAGUAAUAAUCAUUUAUGUAUUGAUGUAUAUUCUUAUUCUCAUUAAAGUACUUGUGAUAAUAAUA